GGUGAGCACCCCGCACUCAACCGCCCUGGAUCGUGAGUGUCAAAAAUACGCCGAACAGAAUCAGGGCGAAUUGGGUGUGUUGGCUCGGCGCCUUUUUUUACUACCAGUGCCCCUCAUGGAAAUCAACAAUACCUUACUCGAACUUAGCUCCCCCUCGUCGACGAGCCGAUUAAUUCUGCUUGCUCGACAUUGAAACCCUUGAUUCCGAUUGUCUUUGAUCAAGAGAGCGACAGACACGUUAUCGCAAUGGCCGACAACAAGGUAUUUCGCGCGAGCACCACCGCGCCCGUCAACAUUGCUGUUGUCAAAUACUGGGGCAAGCGUGACGCAAAGCUCAACCUGCCAACCAACAGCUCGAUCUCCGUUACCCUCUCCCAAGAUGACCUGCGAACGCUCACCACGGCCUCUUGCUCUGCCUCGUACUCGGGCGACAGCUUGACCCUCAACGGCCAGUCCACCGACGUGUCUGGCGCGCGAACCCAAGCAUGCUUCCGCGAGCUGCGCGAACGUCGGGCGGCGAUUGAGAAGAAUGACCCUUCGCUCCCCAAGAUCUCGACGCUGCCAUUGAAGGUCGUCUCCGAGAACAACUUCCCCACGGCUGCUGGUCUCGCUUCGUCGGCGGCUGGCUUUGCCGCCCUUGUACGGGCCAUCGCCAAUCUUUACGAGCUGCCCGACUCCCCGGAGGAUCUCUCGAGGAUCGCACGUCAAGGCUCCGGAUCAGCCUGCCGCAGUCUGUUUGGUGGCUACGCUGCGUGGCGCAUGGGCGACAAGGACGAUGGCAGCGACUCGCAGGCCCAGCUGAUUGCACCCGCCUCCCACUGGCCCAACAUGCGCGCCCUGAUCCUCGUCGUCAACGCGGCGAAGAAGGACGUCCCAUCAACCUCUGGCAUGCAGCAGACCGUCGCGACCUCUGGUCUCUUCCAGCAGAGGAUAGCGCACGUCGUCCCCGCUAACAUGAAGCUUAUGGAGGAGGCCAUUCACAACAAGGACUUUGCCACAUUCGCCGAGGUGACCAUGCGCGAGUCCAACUCCUUCCACUCGUGCGCUGCCGACACCUACCCGCCCAUCUUCUACAUGAACGACGCUUCGCGCGCGGCCAUCCGUGCGGUGGAGGCGCUCAACGCGGCGGCUGGCAAAACUAUUGCUGCGUACACCUACGACGCCGGGCCGAACUGUGUCAUCUACUUCCUCGAGGAGGACCAGGAGACUGUUAUUGGUGCGUUCUACAAGUUCUUGAGUGGAGUGUCUGGGUGGAAGGACAGCGCCGCCAAGGCCCAGUCCGCUGUUGAUUUGCCCGAGAACAUCGUGUCGAUCCUCAAGGAUGGCGUUGGUCGUGUUAUUCAGACCAGUGUGGGCGAGGGCCCUCAGAAGACGGAGGAAUACCUGAUUGACGAAGCCGGCGCGACGGUUCAGCGAUGAGCAUUUUGUUGCAUUUAGAAGCAGAGUCGACAUUUAGACGAGACACCCUAUGAGCAAGGCCCUUGACUUUGUUUAACACUCUAACCACGGCUAAUGUGCGUAUCAAUGCAUUCAAAUUGAAUUGCUAAAGAAAACCACGUCAUAGGGCAAUUGAUAGGCCCAACUUCGCUUCGUGUAACCCCGAAUGCGUGGUUGUUGUGGUG